AUGGCGCCAUCAGAGGUUGCUACGCUCCCCAGGGAGCCUGCAUUCCUGGUGGUUGGUGGCCUCCCCACUGUGGAUGUUGCAUCCCCAAUGGUUGCUGACUUUCCCAUGGUGGCUGCUGCAUCCCCAGUUGCUGCAGGCCUCCCAGUGGUUGUUGCACAUUCGGUGGCUGUUGCUACCCCCACUGCUGCUGACCUGCAUGCGGUUGUGGCAUCCCCAGUUGUUAUAGCUCCCCCUGCAGCCCUGGAGGUGGUUGUUUCUGUAUCCCCAUCAGUUGCAGGCCCCUCCGUGGUUGCUGCACAUUUGGAGACGGCGGCCAGCUCCACUGCUGCUGCUGUACUACCCCCAGUUGCUACAAGGCCCCCAUCUGCUGCUGCACAUUUGGGGGCUGUGGCCACCCCCAGUUCAGUUGCUGCGAUGCUGGCCUCCCAUCUGUGGGGGCUGCGACACCCCCCAUUUCUAUAUGGGCCCUGGGCUGGGUUGCAUAGAUCUGGGCUUUGGCUGUCCCGGUGA